AUGCGCUCGCUCCGAGGCAGGAACAGUCCGGCCGAAUUUACGCCCACAAAACAAUUCACGCCCACAAGGUAAGUGUAAUUUUUCGAACUUCGGUGCCGAGCGACCACGCUGAAGGCAGCUCUUGUUCCUCUUUGUUUGGGCACAAGGACCUAUGGUUCCUGCAGCUAGACCGCACACUCGUGUUGUUCCUUUGGGUGGUCGGCGAGAGAGGGUGUCUCUUGGAUCUCCAUUAUUGCUAAAAACCCAGCCUCGAUCUCACCCACUUCUUGCUCUUCUCCCCACUUUUACCGUCAUACCAAACAGCUCCCUCUCUGACUCUCACCCGUUCUCGCCGGUCGAGAAGCAUCACGGUACCGCACCUCUCCUUCACUUUUCGAUUGCGUCUCAACAACAGUCUCGACUGUCAUGCGGGUCACGACUACUUUUGUCUUUGUCGCCACGGUCGCAGUGGUGGCCCUGACAGAGCGCGCGCAGGCCGACAGCGCUCCCCAGAUUCCGAUUGCUGAGGUGCCCGAUCCCUCUGGGCCCAAUGUAGCAUGCCAUGGCAACCACGGUGAGCAU